AUGAGAACCGGUGACCAGGCGCCCGAGUUCUCUGGCAUAGCCAUAGUCAGAAAAGAGAUGAAGAACAUUCACAUCAACGACUACAAGGGGAAGUACUGCAUUCUCUUUUUCUACCCUCAAGACUUCACUUUCGUAUGCCCAACUGAAAUUCUCGCAUUCAACGAUCGCCUGGAGGACUUUAGGAAGAUCGGCUGCGAGGUGAUUGCCUGCUCUACGGACUCGCAAUUCUCGCACCUCGCAUGGUGCAACAUGGAGCGGGCGAAGGGAGGUCUGGGCAAACUCGACCUGCCCCUCCUCGCCGACAGGAACAUGGAGAUCUCGCAUAGUUAUGGCGUCCUCGAUAGAAAGGCGGGAACUGCCUUUAGGCAACCUAGUAAGAAUAUCCGUGGGUCAUCUCUGGGCAGAGGGCUCUUCAUCAUAAGUCCUGAUGGGAAGAUACGCAGUAUUCAGAUCAACGACAAUCAAGUUGGCAGAUCUGUAGACGAGGCUCUGCGCCUGGUAAAGGCCUUCCAGUUCACCGACCGGCACGGAGAGGUAUGCCCCGUUAACUGGCACCCUGGCGAGAAGGGCAUCAAGCUGCCCCAGUGA